AUGGUCCGUUCCACGACACUGGUUGCAGCUGCUGCGGCUCUCUCCCUCCACGCACACGCAGAGAGCUUGUACUCGAAGAAAUCUGCCGUUGUGCAGAUUACUGGACCAGAAUACGACCGUGUCAUUGCAAAAUCCAACUAUACCUCGAUCCUUGAAUUCUAUGCGCCAUGGUGUGGCCACUGUAAGAACCUCCAACCUCAAUACGAAAAGGCUGCCAAAUCCCUCGCCGGGAUCGCCAAAGUCGCCGCCGUAAACUGUGAUGAAGAAAUCAACAAACCGUUCUGCGGUAAAAUGGGCGUUCAGGGCUUCCCCACUCUGAAGAUUAUCAGGCCGGGCAAGAAGCCAGGAAAGCCUACCGUUGAAGAGUACCAGGGUCAGCGCCAGGCCAAGGCUAUCGUGGACAUCGUCAAAGACAAGAUUCCCAAUAUCGUCAAGAGGAUAACCGACCCGAAGUUGGACGAUUGGCUGGAAGAAAACAAGGAAAGCGCCAAGGCUAUCUUGUUCAGUGACAAAGGCCUAGUCAGUGCUACACUUAGGACGUUGGCAAUCGAUUUUGCAGGCAUAGUCAAUGUCGCCCAGAUCAGGAAAACUGAGGCGGCUGCCGUUGAGAAAUAUGGCAUCACCGCAUUCCCCUCCCUUAUUCUCAUCCCUGCCGGCUCCUCGGAACCAAUCAAGUACGACGGAGAAAUCAACAAAGAGUCUAUGGUCAAGUUCCUUUCUCAGAUUGCGCCUCCCAACCCCGACUGCCCUGCACCGAAAGCGAAGAAGCCCAAAGCCAAGAAAGAUGACAAGAGCAAGGAAUCCAAGGCCUCAUCGAAAUUCUCAAAAGCUUCAGCAUCUCACAAAUCGGACGAAGCAUCUUCCGCUGCUACUUCUGCCGCGCACGAAACUUUGGAAGAGGCUACGAAACCUACAGAGUCGCCAACUCCCGAAGAUUUCGUGGAGGAUACCAAGAUCAGUGAGGAGAUUGAAACAAAGCCCUCCCUUCUUUCUUUGGUGGAAUCUUCCGACCUCCAAGCUUCUUGUCUAAAUGAGAAAAGUACGACUUGCAUUCUGGCCCUUCUCCCCAAGGACGAAACUUCUGAAGCCGCGACCAAGGCCGUUGCAUCUCUAGCAUCUAUCCAUAAAAAGCACGAUGUUCGCCAGACCAACUUGUUUCCUUUCUUCUCCGUUCCUGCGACCAACCCUCUGUCCGCGACUAUCAUCACCGAGCUUUCUCUCGACAAUGCAGAGCAGGUCCACCUCAUUGCCGUCCAUGGCAAGCGCGCAUGGUACAAGAAAUACACUGGUAAAGCCUUUGAUGCUACUAGUGUUGAGCAGUGGGUUGAUGGAAUUCGUAUGGGGGAGGGUACGAAGGAACGAUUGCCAGAGUCUCUGUUGGGCAGUACCAAGAAAGAGGAUACCCCAGAGCAUGGUGAACUCUAGCUUUGCAACUUCGGUUUCAAGUGUAAACAUGGUUGUAUAUUUCC